AUGACGAAAACGACGAAGACAACACAACUGUUUGCAGCCAACGGUAGUCCUAUACGGACAUAUGGCGAAAAACUAGCGGACGUUAACAGUGCCAUCAUUGGAUCUGAUUUUUUAAAACACUUCGGUCUUUUAGUUGAUGCAAAAGGUAGUAAACUUAUUGAUCGAAAAACGUUACUUGAGGUAAAUGGCAUUGCAACACAAUCUAAUGGGGUUCAAGUACGAGUACAUUCUGCCCAGGGACGCUACGCUCAGUUACAACACGAAUUUAAGGACUUAGCGAUAAUUAAUGCGAAUAAGCAGCCAAUUACCACCAAAGUGACACACCAUAUUACUACGAAAAGUCCUCCAACAUACGCUCGUGCUCAUCGGAUAACCAGAGAGAAGCUAAUUGCAGCAAAAAAGGAAUUUGAAUUUUUAAUGGAAAAGGGUAUUUGCAGACCUUCUGAAAGUAACUACACUUAG